CGGCUUAUGACGCGUUGUGCUCUGUAGGGUGUGGGAGUGGUUUAGCGGUGUGUCAUGUCUGCUUGAUUUCUUUCUUCUGCCGUAUUUGACUCGUGCCACGUUGAUUGAUCUCUUGCUUCGCCGUCAGUGUGCAGCCUUCCAUCGCUGGAUGUGAGAUCAGGCCUGAGCAGAUGAUGCGUGUGAUGUGAUUGGUUGGACCAUCUGGCCGCAGGAUCGGACCGUCACCCGUGGCAGCUUUAAUGCGGAGGGGCCGUGCAUGCGUGUGGACAGCAGCACAGAAUCUGACGUGACGUGUUGGCCUGCAGGGUUGGUUGCAUUGUGCGUUGAUGACCCCUGCUGUUUAGCUGCCUGCUCACCCCCUUCUCUCCCGCCAACCCCCCCUCUUUCUUGCUCCAUCACAGCUCCUGGAUCAGCCAUGUUUGGCACAGAAUCCUCAUUGAGCAUGUUUCUCAACACUUUGACUCCCAAGUUUUAUGUGGCAUUGACGGGCACCUCAUCCCUCAUUUCAGGACUCAUACUGAUCUUUGAGUGGUGGUAUUUCAGGAAGUAUGGGACGUCGUUCAUUGAGCAGGUGUCUGUAAGUCACCUUCGACCUCUCUUAGGCGGAGUAGACAACAACUCUCCUAACAACUUAAACAGCAGUAACGGAGACACGGACUCCAGCCGACAGAGCGUGUCAGAGUGUAAGGUCUGGAGAAAUCCACUCAAUCUUUUCAGAGGAGCUGAAUAUAACCGCUUGAGUGUAACUCUGCAUCAGGGUUCCCCAAAUCUUACCCUGGAGGGCCAGAGCACUGCAGAGUUUAGCUCCAACCCUGAUCAAACACACCUGAGAAAGCUAAUCAAGGUCUUCAUGAUCCAAGGAAAUCACAGGUACACGUGGGUCACAGGUCGAGAGCCGCUCACAUAUUAUGACAUGAAUCUGUCAGCACAAGAUCAUCAGACGUUCUUCACCUGUGAUUCUGAUCACCUGCGGCCUGCAGAUGCCAUAAUGCAGAAGGCCUGGAGAGAGAGAAAUCCUCAGGCUCGGAUCACUGCUGCUCAUGAAGCUCUGGAUCUGGAGGAUUGUGCAACAGCUUAUAUCCUCCUUGGUGAGGAAGAAGCCACAACUAUAGUGGAGGCAGAGAAACUCUUUAAACAGGCACUCAAGGUUGGAGAGAUCUGUUACCGGCGUAGUCAACAGCUCCAACACCACGGAUCACAGUACGAAACUCAACACAGACGGGACACUAAUGUGUUAGUUUACAUCAAGAGAAGACUUGCAAUGUGCUCCAGAAAGCUUGGACGCACACGAGAAGCAGUGAAAAUGAUGCGAGAUUUAAUGAAGGAGUUUCCACUGCUCAGCAUGUUCAAUAUUCACGAGAACCUGCUGGAGUCUCUUCUAGAGCUGCAGAACUAUGCGGAUGUACAGGCUGUGCUUGCCAAGUAUGACGACAUCAGUUUGCCAAAGUCUGCAACUAUCUGCUACACAGCGGCUCUUUUAAAAGCCAGAGCUGUAUCUGAUAAGUUUUCACCAGAGGCAGCAUCUAGGCGAGGUUUGAGCACAGCAGAAAUGAACGCUGUAGAAGCCAUACACAGAGCAGUGGAGUUCAACCCACAUGUGCCCAAAUACCUAUUAGAGAUGAAGAGUUUAAUACUACCACCAGAGCACAUUCUCAAACGAGGUGACAGUGAGGCCAUAGCAUACGCUUUCUUUCACCUGCAACACUGGAAGAGGGUGGAGGGGGCGCUUAAUCUACUCCACUGCACUUGGGAGGGAACUUUCAGAAUGAUUCCAUAUCCUCUGGAGAAAGGUCACCUGUUUUAUCCAUACCCAGUUUGCACAGAGACAGCUGACAGAGAACUUCUACCAAAAAUGGAGACUCAUCAGACCUGGCAACAUUUUUCCAGUCUUCAACUGUCCAAUUUUGCAGUUUUCCACGAGGUGUCAGUGUAUCCCAAGAAAGAGUUGCCCUUCUUCAUCCUGUUUACUGCUGGUCUCUGCUCCUUCACAGCAAUGCUGGCACUCCUCACACAUCAAUUUCCAGAGCUCAUGGGAGUUUUUGCUAAAGCAUUCCUUAGCACCCUGUUUGCACCUCUGAACUUCAUCAUGGAGAAAGUGGAAAGUCUUCUGCCCUCCAGUCUGUGGCACCAGCUUACACGGAUAUGAUCUCAUGGAAAUGAAUUGUUAUUGACUGAGAUGCCAAGUUGUUAAAGUGCCCAUAGCCAGCAAACAAAACAAACACAAUGAACAUGAAAUUUAAGUGAAUUCAUCUAAUGUAAAACUUUACUGUUGAAACAUUUUACAGGACUUCAGUAUGUGUGUGUGUGCAUGUGUGUGUGUUUGUAUAUGUGUUUGUGUAUAUAUAUAUAUAUAUAUAUAUAUAUAUAUAUAUAUAUAUAUAUAUAUGUAUGUAUGUAUGUAUGUAUGUAUGUAUAUAUAUGUAUAUAUAUGUGUAUAUAUAUAUAUAUAUAUAUAUGUGUGUGUGUAUAUAUGUCACUGAUUCUUGAAACUUUGGCAAAAACAUGUCCCACUAAGAAAAGUGCUAAUUCUGUUGGAAAUUAAUAAAAUUUUCAUGAAGAAACAGAAUCAAUGUUAUAAUCAGGGGGUCCUUUGCACAUAUGUAAGGUUCUUUUAUAGGUUUAUUUUAAUUUUUUAUUAAUUUAAUGAUUAUAUGCUGGCCCAUUGCCUACAAAAUCAGCUGUCCUCGGUUAAGAGAUAAUCAUUUCAACUUAAUUAAAAAAGCCAAAAGUAAUAAUUGAAUUGAAUAAUAUAUUUACCACAUGAAAGAGUACAUUGUAAUAUGUAUUAAAAACUACAAACAGUGAGUUUUGAACAACAUUUACUAUUAUUUUGUGAUUGCUCAAAGUGUGUCCGACAUGUUCGUCACCACUGUCAGAUAUUUAUAAAAAGCAAUAAAAUCAGACAACUACAGGGUCAACUGCAUUCCUGAGGACCUCAUUUUUAAACCUUCAGCUCUACUGCAUGCUUCAAGAUCACUCAAGCUCCUGCAUGUUUGCUAUCUUCUCUUAAACUUCUUCAUAUUUUUGGACACUGCUACUGUGACAACCAUAACAUGUCAACACCGUCAUCUUUGUAAAAAAAAAUAUUAGAUUAGAUUAUGAAAUAAAUGUGUAAAUUUUAAGAAGAGGUCUGAAGUAGCUAGCAACAUAGGGGAAACAAGAUGGCUAAUGUGAACAACUCAUCUAUUUUUUUUAAAAUCUAUAUUAGGUUUUUGUCACCACCGUCAGGUUUUCUGUCUUUUCUGUCAGGUUUUAUGUAUUUUAGGAAGUUAUGAUUUGAUAUUUGUUCAUCACAGUGCUCAGGAUUGUUAUUUUUUUAAACAAAAUAUUUACAUAAAGUUUAAGCAAGAAGCCAUUGACUUGAGUGGUAUACAUUUUGGAAUAAUGAGGCCAAUGUCACCACCGUCAGAUUAGUGUCACCACCGUCAGACGUAGUUUUAUUUGUUUUAAAUUAAUAUGCUUACAAUAUGUUUCUUCAGUGCUGUUGAGUUAUUAAAUUAAUAGUCUCUAUUAAUAAAAAAUAUGUUUAUUAAAUAAAAAAUCAUUACUUUUUCUAUUUAGGCUUUAAGUAAAUGUUGUAUGAGUAAUAACUGGAAAAACGCCUAUUUUAUGAAAAAAAUACGAACAGGGGAGGUUGCACCAGUAAAUUGCUGAACAGCCAAGACCUUGGUCUAUAAUGAUAUACCUUCAGAUUUUGUAAUUUAAAGGAACAGUAUGUAAGAAAUUUAUAUCAAUUAAUCAUUAAAUGGCCCUGAAAUGUCACUAGACAUUAAGAAAUCAUUUUCAUUUCAAAUGUUUAUAUCACUCACAACAGCGGUCCGGCCAGGAUAUUCUCAUUUAAAAAGUGCAGUUGCAGCCCUCAACUGAUGUUUAUGUUGUCGUUUGGUAUAUUGGCCACCAGCUGUGUGAUUGCAGUACCAGUUUUAGCCACACGUUUUGUGAUUGCAAUACCAGUUUUGGCCACAAUCCUACAUACUGUUCCUUUAACUAACUUUUUUUCUCCAAAAUUUAAACUUGUUUUAUCCAAAUUCCCAAGAAUCACUGGUGUGUGUGUGUGUGUGUGUGUGUGUGUGUGUGUGUGUGUGUGUGUGUGUGUGUGUGUGUGUGUGUGUGUGUGUGUGUGUGUGUGUGUUAAACUUGUUUUAUCCAAAUUCCCAAGAAUCACUGGUGUGUGUGUGUGUGUGUGUGUGUGUGUGUGUGUGUGUGUGUGUGUGUGUGUGUGUGUGUGUGUGUGUGUGUGUGUGUGUGUGUGUGUGUGUGUGUGUGUGUGUGUGUGUGUGUGUGUGUGUGUGUGUGUGUGUGUGUGUGUGUGUGUGUGUGUGUGUGUGUAUGCAUAUUAUGUGUGUGUGUGUG